UGUAAUCAUAGGGGAGGCAUAUCAGUAUGCAAUGUUCGCGGAUCACUUAAAAGUAUAACUCCAAAUACAUGUUAAGUUUUAACUACCGCUCCAUAGCAAUUAAAGGUUUACAUGUUCUUCUUGUAGGGGCGUUUUUAUUGUUUGUUGCUCGCGGAACAAUAACCCAGCUAAAAAAAUCCACCUGCAGUGCGAGGAUGGUGGUAUGGCUGCAGGAAGUUUGGCACUUUGCCCUCUGGCCUUCGGUCCAUUACAACAACGUGCAGUGCAGGUCUUCGAGCAGAUCUCCGCCAUGCUGGAGUUGCUAGUGUCUGGAGUUGUGCUGGUCCUGUUGGUACAGAUGGUGAGGCUGCUGCUGUCUGAUGGGGAUCUCUCACUCAUGUGGUACGAGAGGUUCGGAAAGUCUCCAGGGGAGCUGGCAGGUAAGGUGGUGUGGAUCACAGGAGCGUCCAGCGGGAUAGGAGAGGCCCUGGCUGUGGAGCUUAGCAGGACAGGGGUUAAACUGGUGCUGUCAGCCAGGAGGGAGGACGAGCUAAGGAGAGUCAAGGAAUCUUGCCUUGGGACAGGGAAAGUUUCUGGCGAUGACGUCCUGGUUUUACCACUAGACUCUGUUGCCUUUGACACCCACGCUGGGUGUGUGGAGAAGGUUCUCGCUCACUUUGGCAGGAUUGACGUCCUGGUGAACAACAGUGGCCGCAGUCAGCGGUCUGUGUUCUGGCAGACGAGCCUGGCUGGGGACAGGCACAUCUUGGAGCUGAACGUCCUGGGCCAGGUGUCCCUGACGAAGGCUGUACUUCCGCACAUGAUGGAGCGGGGGAAGGGGCAGAUCAUGGUCACCAGCAGCCUGUCAGGCUUUAUCCCCACUCCUGUGGGGUCUGCCUACAGUGGGAGCAAGUUUGCCAUUCAUGGAUUGUUUGGAGCAUUGCGAGCUGAGCUUGUUGCGAGCUCGUAUGAUAUCAACAUACUCCUGGCCUGUCCUGGGCCAGUUGUAUCAAAUGUUGGGAAGAAUUCGAUGGCGGGAGAACCAGACAAGACUGGCACAUUGGACCCUACCAUGGACCCCAUGCGUGAUAAUGACAUGCCCACAGCCCGCUGUGCGAGACUUCUCGCAGUCGGCAUGGCUAACAGGCUAGAUGAGAUCUGGGUAGCGAGGCACCCUUACCUGACCUACGCUUACAUCAGCAGUUAUCUGCCAGUACCUGCCCUGGCAAGGAGGAUGUCAACAAAUUUUGCCAAGCGACGAAUGAAGGCCAUCAUGGAGGGCAAGAAAAAGCAGUAAACACCACUUGGUCCUUGAGUUGCAACCAGUCCUACUGUCUGCUGCAAAAAAAGCCAGUGGGAAGAUACCAAUUCAUGAAGUUAUACAGCUAUGUGUCAGUCAUCGCAACUAGCCAAAACUAUCAUCCAGGGAACUAUCCAGUAGGCAAGAAAGAGGGGAAGACAACAGGGAAGAUAAUAUCAGAGAAUUGACAGACAUGAUACACACACAAAGUGAAACACCUAAAGAAAUACAGACAACCGAGAAGGGUGGAGAAAACUGGUUGACAUGUCCUCUGUGGUGCCCCAACGGUUAGACUAAGGGAUGAGAUGAAACGGAAUGUCCUGUAGAUGAGACUAAUUUCAAUGUUUGUAAGUAAAAGUGAAGAAGUUGGCUCAGAGCAAGCAUCAUAAAAAAUAUACAUAUUAAUCUAAUGCCUGUUAAAUGUUGUAAGCAUCACUAUUCUGUUUCAAAUUUCAUUAUACUGUAAAAGUACAGAUGUGCACAGAAAACUCGGUGCUGAAAGAAUAUAAUUAUACAGCUAUCUCAGGGAGAAGGUUCAACAAAACAGUUCAACUUGACACUUGUGCAAUGUCGUUUAAAUACUAACCACUGCCUCUUACAUGAAGUACAAAAAAGAACCCAUGAGUCAGCUUCACUUUGCAUUGUAUUUCACCAUUAUUUACAAUCAAUUUUAACAUUACUGAGGUGGAAUGUACUAGUAGUAACACUCACUUCAUAAAAAACUUUGGAAACAUGUAGAUAAAUAUGUCUUUGAAAAAUUACCAACUUGACAGUCUUGAGAAGAUUGUACUUUGCUGUGGUUCAAAAGCUCCAUUUGGUCCCAUGUGCAAUACACAUCAUAAUGUCAAUCUAUUGUAAUCUGU